AUGAAAUCGCAAGCAGAGAAUUCUACGGAAGAAGUUCCAUCGCUAACGUUGAAUAUCGAAUUGAGUGGAGUGCGUGUACUGGAUGUUAGACUUGCGUGCUAUGCGGCAUUUCACGUUGAUCAUACCUAUGCGUCUUUUGCCGCUAUUGAUGGUACCCAAAAGCUAUCUUCGGCAGUGUAUGUCUCCAGCAGUCCUGUGCAUGACUUGCGUUACAGUUUAUUUGCAUUCUCGGCACAUUUUGGUGACGUUGUUUCUGUGGAAAUCAAAAUGCCGCUUAAUUUGAUGUGUCGUUUAGCAAACGCUCAGCGAAAUGCCCACUAUAAAUUAACAAUUGAGUCUUCGGAAACGGCACUCGAAAUAUCACAAUUAUUUCCAGGUUUGUUCUGGUGCUACAGAAUCGUCUAG